CCGCGUGGCGUCAGCGCAAGAUGGCGGCCUCGGUGGCGCUGGUCCUACGCUUGCGGAGCGGGCUCCGGCUGGGCGCGCGGGGGUUGUGCGCGAGGCUGGCAACGCCGCCCCCUCGGGCCUCGGACCAGGCCCAGGAGAUUGGGAGCCGUACCAGCAGUAAGGCCCAGGGGUCACAGCAGCAGCGGGGCACGGAGGGUCCCAGUUACGCCAAAAAAGUUGCACUCUGGCUUGCGGGGCUGCUUGGGGCCGGUGGGACCGUGAGUGUCGUCUAUAUUUUCGGAAACAACUCUGUGGAUGAAACUGGUGCCAAGAUCCCUGAUGAAUUCGACAAUGAUCCAAUUCUGGUACAGCAGUUGCGGCGGACAUACAAAUAUUUCAAAGAUUAUAGACAGAUGAUCAUCGAGCCUACGAGCCCCUGCCUCCUCCCAGACCCUCUGCGGGAGCCAUACUACCAGCCGCCCUACACACUGGUCUUGGAGCUCACCGGCGUCCUCUUGCACCCUGAGUGGUCGCUGGCCACUGGCUGGAGGUUUAAGAAGCGUCCAGGCAUUGAGACCUUAUUCCAGCAGCUUGCUCCUUUGUAUGAAAUCGUCAUCUUUACAUCAGAGACUGGCAUGACUGCAUUUCCACUCAUUGACAGCGUGGACCCCCACGGCUUCAUCUCCUACCGCCUGUUCCGGGACGCUACGCGAUACAUGGAUGGACACCAUGUUAAGGACAUUUCGUGUCUGAAUCGGGACCCAGCCCGUGUAGUAGUCGUGGACUGCAAGAAGGAAGCCUUCCGCUUACAGCCCUACAAUGGCGUUGCCUUGCGACCCUGGGAUGGCAACUCUGAUGACCGGGUCUUGUUGGACCUGUCUGCCUUCCUCAAGACCAUCGCACUGAAUGGUGUGGAGGACGUCCGGACCGUGCUGGAGCAUUAUGCCCUGGAGGACGACCCGCUGGAGGCCUUCAAACAGCGGCAAAACCGGCUGGAGCAGGAGGAGCAACAGCGCCUGGCUGAACUCUCCAAAUCCAGCAAGCAGAACCUCUUCUUCAGCUCUCUCACCAGCCGCUUGUGGCCUCGCUCCAAACAGCCCUGACCUCUGGGCCUCCUCAAAUUCAGUGCCUGGGUCCCAGGCCCCAGGCCGCAGUGCUUCCAGACCACGGCUUGGGCAGCCACAUGUCCAAUAAAAUCCAUCCCAGACGCCA